UCACAGCUGAUUAGGCAUAUAUCUCUACCCAACCGGCGCAUUUUGUAAAAACAUGGAGGCUCACGUGGCUCAAACAGGCGACGGCGACCGCAUACUGGCCGGCGUACGUCAUGUCAUCUUGGUACUCUCCGGCAAAGGCGGUGUCGGCAAAAGCACCGUCGCUGUGGAGUUGGCGAUGACGCUGGUGUCAAUGGGCAAGAAGGUUGGCCUUUUGGAUGUGGACCUCUGUGGACCCAGCAUUCCAAAGAUGCUCAAUCUGGAUGGGCACAGUAUACACCAGUGCCCACAGGGGUGGGUUCCAGUAUACACAGAUGCCAGUCAACGACUAGCAGUGAUGUCCAUUGGGUUUCUGCUGUCUGACAAGAAUAACCCUAUCAUCUGGAGGGGGCCCAAGAAGCACGCCAUGAUCCGGCAGUUCCUGGCCGACGUCUGCUGGGGUGAGCUGGACUACCUGGUGGUCGACACGCCUCCAGGAACGUCAGAUGAGCACAUGUCAACAGUCGAGGUGUUACGUGGACUAAACCCCGAUGGUGCCAUCCUUGUCACGACACCACAGGCGCUGUCGGUGGCAGAUGUCCUGCGUGAAGUCACCUUCUGCAGGAAGACCGGGCUGCCCGUGCUUGGCAUCGUGGAGAACAUGAGUGGCUUCGUGUGUCCCAACUGUGCGGAAUGCAGCAACAUCUUCUCCAGCGGAGGCGGAGAGGAACUCGCCAAGAUGGUCAACGUUCCCUUUUUAGGCCGCAUCCCCUUGGAGCCAAGGCUCGCAGAAUGCAUGGAGCACGGUACCAACUUUAUGGACAAGUUUGCCGAUUCUUCCACGGCGGUGGCUUUCAAGGAAGUCGUGUUGAAGGUGGCAUCGUGAUUCAUGUCCAUGAAACCAGGGAGGUACAGCAGCCCAGACACCAUGCGAUGCAUCUAAAGAAACUUCACAAACGAUUCUUUUUACUAGCAAAAAGAGACCUCUGCGAAAUGUUGGAGAAGACAUCUUUCUGCCAUACUGUGCCUGUACCAUAGUGUAAAUACAGCUGCCUUUCAUAAACUGCA